GCACCGUGUGAUUCCGAUCUUUGUAAUUAUUAUAUUGAUCCAACCAUCGCGAUUUCAAUUUUCUGACACGUGGUGACUGUAGAAAAGUAUUUAUCGUGCUCUUUCUGUUUAGAAGUACAAGAUGGCUCGUGGUCCGAAAAAGCAUCUCAAGCGUCUCAAUGCACCGAAAGCAUGGAUGUUGGAUAAAUUAGGGGGUGUGUAUGCUCCCCGGCCAUCCACUGGUCCUCAUAAACUUAGGGAGUCACUUCCCUUGGUUAUCUUCCUCCGCAACAGACUAAAGUAUGCCUUAACCAACUGCGAAGUAACUAAGAUCAUGAUGCAGCGGUUGAUUAAAGUUGAUGGAAAAGUUCGCACCGAUUCCAAUUACCCUGCUGGUUUCAUGGAUGUUAUUACCAUCGAGAAGACCGGCGAAUUUUUCCGAUUGAUUUACGAUGUGAAGGGUCGCUUUACCACGCAUCGCAUUACUGCGGAAGAGGCUAAAUAUAAGUUGUGCAAAGUGAAGCGCGUUCAGACCGGCCCCAAGGGUAUCCCCUUCUUGGUGACGCACGACGGUAGAACCAUUCGUUAUCCUGACCCGGUUAUAAAAGUCAACGAUACCAUUCAUCUGGAUAUUGCCACCGGAAAGAUCUUAGAUUCCCUCAGAUUCGAUUCUGGUAAUCUAUGCAUGAUUACUAGCGGAAGAAACUUGGGUCGUGUUGGUACCGUCGUUAGUCGUGAACGUCAUCCUGGCUCCUUUGAUAUCUGUCACGUGAAAGAUGCGCAAGGGCACUCCUUUGCCACGAGGUUAAACAACGUCUUUAUCAUCGGUAAGGGCACAAAAGCUUAUAUAAGUUUACCAAGGGACAAGGGUGUGAAGCUGUCGAUUGCUGAAGAACGCGACAGAAGAUUAGCUGCAAAGGGAGUAAAUUAAGUACAUUUAUUAUUAUAAGAAAAGAUUCAAUAAACCGAAGUUGCCUGGACAAUUCUUUUCACGAG